AUGGAAAAGCAACACCGUCAGGAGGCUGUGUAUCAAAACACCAGACGAGAUUUUCCGCCAAGGGAUGUAGAAGGUAAACAAGCACAAACUUGUUAUAAUUGUGGAGGGACGUACCCCCACCAAGGCAGGCCCUGCCCCGCUGCAGGCAAGACCUGUCAUAAUUGCUCAAAAACUGGACAUUUCGGUCGAGUUUGUAAGUCUGAACAAAAACCAAUCUCUCGAAAACCUCGAAUGCCUCAGGACCAAUAUAAAUCGAAGGCAAACAAGUUGAAUGCUUUGAACCAAAAUCGGCAACAGCAACCACUCUCUACUGAGCCAACAGUACAAGGUGAACCGGAAGUAAGCGACAGUGAUAGCAAUGAGGAUAUAUUUGCUGUUUCAAGAGCCAAGAAAGUGAAGCAACCACCCAUGACAAAACUCAAAAUUAAUGGGGUGAAAGUAGAGUUUUUGAUUGACACCGGAGCUUCAGUGAACAUUUUGACACAAAAGGACUAUGAGUUUCUCUGUACAAAUUCAAAUGACCAAAUCUCUUUACGAAAAACUAAAACUAGAAUCUAUGCGUUUGGCUCUUCAGAACCAGUUGAGUUGAAAGGAAAGUUUGAAGUUCUAGUUGACUGA